AUGUAUCGAUCUCUGGAGUCGAGCCAAGAAGGAAGAUAUCUGUAUAUGAUGGGUUCAGAUGUUUUCAACGCUGGCAGUUCGAUGGGCACAAUGCCUAAAAAAAUCAUUACUCAAGCGGAAUGUUUUUGGGCACAGUCCAAUGCCGCCGCCAAUGCCACCACCAAUGCUGGCAUCGGUGGUAGCAGACCAUUUUUUAGCAGGGUUCAAGGUGUGAUAGGCGCCGUGAGAGAUACUAUCUGGGCAGCAUUGUGCACAGCUGCAAAUCUGGUAGCAACAUUUAGAAGGUCAAUUAAUGGACAUAAGGAACUUGACCAGAAAAUGAAUGUAUAUAGAGAGAAGUGGAGGCACUGGAAGGGACGAUUAAGAGGUCUGUGA